AGCGGUGUACCAUAGUAGCGACCAAAUCAUCUGACAUCCUAUCUGGACAUACAAUACAAUGGUGAAGCGCGGGUGGAAAGGCAUCUUACUCGUGACUACAGCUGUGGUGGGCUUGCUAUCGCUGCGCUCGGUUCGUGGAAUUGACGAGGCACACGUGCAGAUGGAGACGAUUGAGGAAGGAUCGAUCGACGUUGUCGGCACCCAAGUCAGCUUCUUGGGGAACCUCGGGAGCUCUCCUUCCAGCCCAACAGGGGAAGAGGCGGGCGCGGUGCGCAACGUCCUGUUGCUGCACGGCGCCAAAUUCUCGGCUCAGACGUGGCAGGACUUGGGCACCCUUUCGCUCUUGGCUACCAACGGGUUCCGGGUGGCUGCUGUCAACUUGCCCACCCGGGUAACGACUUCACCGCGAGACGAGCUUCUGGAGCUGAUAUGCAGCGGCCUCGGCAUGGGAGUCGAUUCGCCAGCCGUCAUUGUGUCUCCGUCCAUGAGCGGCUCCUUUUCGGUGCCGCUGCUUCUCAGCAAGCCGGAACUGUUCGCCGGCUACGUUCCUGUCGCGCCGGGUCAGGCCCUCUCCUACACGGCCGAGGAUUUUGCGGCGGUAACCGGGGUGCCCGCUCUGAUCGUCUACGGGGAGCUGGAUAGAAUGGGGUCCAGGGCAUCUUCGCUGUUGAGCUCCAUCCCUGGCUCACGCGUGCUGAUGGUCCCCGGCGCCAGCCACCCUUGCUAUAUCGACGAACCCGACAUGUUCCACGAGUCGUUGCUGAGCUUCUUGAACGAGGAUGCUCAUUUUUCCAGAGCGAGGUGA